AUGCCUCGUACAGCAAAGAACCGGGGAGUAGUGGAGCCGUUUGGGAAUAGCACUCCCUUCGCUGAACCAGCGUGGUAUAAUGCUCUCGCAUCGCCAUAUUACAAUGACAGUCACCGCGCGCUGCGCAGGUAUGUACGCAAAUACGUGGAGGAAAACAUAGAACCCUACGCCGAGAAAUGGGAAGAAGAGGGACUGGUGCCAGAAGAAGCCCGACGCAAGUUCAUCAAGGCAGGGCUUAUUUUCCAGGACUUACCCCUUGAAUAUCGCAACGGGGUGCCCCUGCCGUGUAACAUCCCUUUUGAACAAUGGGAUAUCUUCCACUUUAUUGUUCUAAGCUACGAGAUGGCUAGAACCCACGGCGGUGUGAGUGGGGGCCUUGGAGGAUCUUCAGUCAUUGGAGCUCCACCAAUUGUGCAUUUUGGGACAGAAGAACAAAAGCAGAAAUGGCUUCCGGGGAUCUUGACUGGCGACCUGAGCUUUUGCUUGGGCGCGACAGAACCCACUGGCGGAUCCGACCUGGCCGGUUUAAAAACGACAGCCAAGAAGGACCCGACAGGCGACUUUUAUAUUGUCAAUGGUAAUAAGAAAUGGAUCACUGGAGCGGCGCAGUCCACUCAUAUGACCACCGCCGUUCGUACUGGCGGCCCUGGCGCUGAAGGGAUCUCAGUUCUGGUCAUCCCGACGAACAGCCCCGGGCUCAGCAUGCGCAAGAUCCAAAACAGCGGCUCAAAUGCCUCUAACAGCCAGUGGGUAACUUUGGACAAUGUCCGGGUUCCAGCGGAGAAUUUAAUUGGAGAGGAAAACCAGGGAUUUCGAACCCUGAUGACGAACUUCAACAAGGAGCGGCUUCUCAUUGCAGUGGGCUGCAACGCCAGAGCGCGGACAUGUCUGGAGGAGGCAUAUAACUACUCCGUUGAUCGCCAUACCUUUGGCAAACCCUUGAUCUCUCACCAGAUCAUCCGUGCAAAGUUGGCAACUAUUGCGCGCUACGUGGAGGGUCACUGGGCAUGGAUUGAGCAGCUGGCCUACCAUAUCAAGGUCAACGAUGGUGCAAUCGAUGAUCUGUCCGCACGUAUUGCCUUGGCUAAGGUCCAUGGUGGCCGACUGUUGGAGCUAGCAAACCGAGAAGCUCAGCAGAUCUUUGGCGGAGCAGGAUAUCAGCGCGGCGGGGUCGGUUCCAAGGUAGAACAGAUUAGCCGUGACUUGAGGAUGAUGGUGGUUGGUGGUGGAAGCGAGGAGAUUCUCACUGAUUUAGCCAUCCGGCAGGAGCAGGGUUGGGCGAAGAAGAGAGCCUCGUCUUUGUAG